AACUCAAUAACACAGACAUACGAAGAAGAUAAGAGUUGUGUGGUCAAAUCAAAUCUUGAACAUACAACUUCGACCGAAGGUGUUAAACGCAUUUCAUUUUGAAAUUUUCUAAUAAAUCAACCAGAGUCUCCGGUCAAACCCAAUCUUUGGUUUUUUUUUUGUUUUAAAUUUAUUGUCCAAUAUAGCAGCAAGAACCAACGACUAUUGUACACAACAUCUUCUUCAUCCUUUGGUAAUAAAACAAAACCUUCAUAUACCAUACAUAGUCUUCCUCUAGAGCAGAGUUCUGUCUGAAUCCCUCAUCCAAAAGUCAACUUGCCUGUCGCAAUACCGACAAGAAGAAGAACCAUACUUUCAGAACUUGAAUUCCCCCACAAAUAGGGUAGGAGACUUCUGAUCCAUCUCCUGAAACAUGAAACCAAAGUCUUGAUAUCUUUUGCAGAUCUGAUAAUACCGGAAAAACACACAAAGCUUGUAAUCAGAACACUUAUGGAGACUGUCUCUGUUUUGGUCUUCUUAUUUCUCCUCCUUUUCGUGGCUGAAGCAAGGAGGACGAGCCAGAAAGCUUGCGAACAUUUCACCUGCGGAGAACUCGACUUCAAGUUCCCUUUCUUUAAGACAGACAUGCCGUCUCGAUGCGGUCUUUUCAAGCUGAACUGCAGUGCAAAUAUUUCAGAGAUACAGCUUGUAGAAGAUGGGAAAUGGUUUAAAGUCAAGAGCGUCUCUCAAGCCAACACGAUAACCAUCACCGACACGGAGCUUAACCAAAGCUUGCUAUCCGGGAACUGCAGAGACUUGUCAAGCUUUUCUCUCCCAGAUUCUCCAUGGCUCCGCUUGACCACUUUGUACAAAUGCAACAACACUAGUAUGAAGAAUGGUUUCAGUUAUGCGAAUUGCGGUGGAAAUGGAAGCAGCUUGUACUAUAAAUUGGAGAAGGGUCAUGAUGUUUCUGGGUGUUCAGCUAUCAAGGCUCCAGAGAGCUGGGUGAUUCCAAGAAAAGGGAACCAGUAUGAUGUAAAUGCUAGCUUCUCACUUCAUAUAGAUCUGCCUCCUGGCUGCUUUGGCUGCCACAAUCGAGGUGGAGAAUGUAAGAUGAUCAAAGACAAGUAUCAAUGCCUUGGAGUAACCCAAGAACAAAAAAAUUACCACGAGGAGAUGAAGCUGGGAUUAGGAAUCGGCGGACCUCUCAUCUUAAUAAUCAUCUUGAUGGCACUCUAUAUCAUCCAUAGGAUUUGCAGAAGGAAAGCUGGUCCAGAGCUCUCUAGAGACAACUCGAAAUCUGACGUCGAGUUUAGCCAUGUCUUCUUUAAGAUACCAAUCUUCUCCUACAAAGAACUUCAAGAAGCAACAAAUAACUUCAGUAAAGAAAGAUUACUAGGAGAUGGAGGCUUCGGCACUGUGUAUUAUGGAAAAGUGCGUGAUGGACGAGAAGUUGCAGUGAAGCGUCUCUAUGAGCACAAUUACAGAAGACUUGAGCAAUUCAUGAACGAGAUAGAAAUCCUCACACGUCUUCAUCACAAGAAUCUAGUCUCCCUCUAUGGAUGCACUUCACGCCGCAGCCGGGAACUUCUCCUCGUCUAUGAGUAUAUUCCAAAUGGCACAGUUGCAGAUCAUCUCUAUGGCGAAAACCCGCCACACCAAGGCUAUUUAACAUGGUCAAUGCGCAUGAGCAUUGCCAUAGAAACAGCGAGUGCAUUGGCUUACCUUCACGCUUCGGAUAUCAUACACCGCGAUGUCAAGACUACAAACAUUCUGCUCGACGGGAAUUUUGGAGUCAAAGUUGCAGAUUUUGGGCUAUCCAGGUUGCUCCCGAGUGAUGUAACACAUGUAUCAACUGCUCCUCAGGGUACUCCGGGAUAUGUGGACCCUGAGUAUCAUCGGUGCUAUCAUCUAACUGAUAAGAGCGACGUAUAUAGCUUCGGAGUGGUGCUUGUCGAGCUAAUAUCGUCGAAGCCUGCUGUUGAUAUAACCAGGUGCAAGAGUGAGAUCAAUCUAUCAAGCUUAGCUAUAAACAAGAUACAGAACCACGCAACCCAUGAGCUGAUUGAUCCGAAUCUUGGAUAUGCGACGAAUGAAGGAGUUACAAAAAUGACUACAAUGGUGGCAGAGUUGGCUUUUCAGUGCUUGCAGCAAGACAGUACAAUGCGACCCACAAUGGAACAAGUUGUCCAAGAGCUAAAGGGAUUCCAGAAUGAGGAGCAAAAAUGUCAAAACUACGAUUACAGAGAGGAGACAAUAACUACACACCCUUCGCCACCAGAUUGGGGCGAGAAUGCGCUAUUAAAGAAUAUGACAUUCCCGCGUUCUCCAAUCUCCGUGACUGACCAAUGGACCAGUAAAUCAACCACACCGAAUACCAGCGCCUAAGAAUUCUAGGAUCCACCAGGUAUAGGUUUCUUCGUAAUUGUGUCAACGGAAUGAUAAUAAGAUGAGGCACAGAGUUGUGAACUGUAGGUACUGAGAAAUUGCACAUAGUGACAUAACUUGAACUACCAAUCACCAAUUUUCUACGUCUAAUUUUGUCUACUGUAUGUAAUGUUGACUCAAAAGGUAUUUAUAAAAAGAACAAAAAAAUUGACUGUAAGAGUUAACUUGACUCA